AUGGCAAUAAGAACACAGAGCCUGGAAAAAGCAUAUGACAACACCCUGGUGCACACGGCACAGCUUCUAAAUGCUGAAACAAACCGGGUACUGCGCGUGGAACAAUUGCUCCUUCGAUUUGAGAACGAGAAUCUGCGGUGGCAGUUGAAUCAUGUCAAUCAGGAAUUGACCAAAACCGCAAGGAAGGAAUCUGAAGUCCGUCUUCAGCUCCAAGCGACUUACAAGGAGAUCGAUCAGCUACGAAGAACGCACAAUGCGUCGUCUCAUGAAAUAGAGACACUUCGUCUUGAGCUUGGCUCCCUGACAAAUUCUUCUGUCGAUGCGAAAAAGCUCCUUGCAGGAAAACACCACCUCUCAAGGAAAACUUCUGAACAUAUGCUCCUUGCCGAGAAGAAAAAUCUCGAACAACAGAUUGCAACCCUUGAGGUACAACUCGAAAGUGAAAAAAAGGCCCACGAACAAACGGUAGCCAGGGAGUCGCAUAAUGCAGAACAAGUCACAGCGCUUAGCUUAAGCCUUGAAGGAGCGCGCAAAGAACUCGUGGAGGAGGCACGGGCGCGGGAUGGACGUGAGCGUGUCUUUCAACAACAAAGUAUGGAAUGGGCUGCCCAACGAUCGGCACUCGAUGCCAAUCUUGAUGCCUUGAAUAAGAAGCUACGUUCAACGAAGGACCAAUACCAGGCAGCUGCUACGGAACUUAGACGACAGCAUGACACCUCUAACAAUCACGAAUCUAAAUUCUCCAGUGCGCAGUCCACUACACAACACAACUCUGGUCUAACAAUCGCAACCCCUGGAGCUAUUCGUGCACAGGACAAGAGAAGUAAAAUAUCAGCGUUACCUGGCGAGAAGUCGUCCUUUUCGAUCACUCCGUUUCUAAACCGAACAAGUGGGCUUCGAGAUUCAGCUAUGAGUUCUGAGGAUGAUGCAGAUGAGCUCCACACAACUCAUAUGACCAGUAGAACAAAUGAAAAAGCCUCUGAGAAUGAUAUUCAAAAGUGUGGGAAUUCUGGGUAUCAGGGUCAGAAGCCGUCGGUUGAUGAGCUACCUGUGACUGUGGACACACUACAUCUGGGUCAUGGCACUUCCAAUGGCAGAAAAGGGGGGCAAUUUCAGAGAAAACUGGUAGACAAUUCGGAUCCCGAGGGACGAAUGGAAACUGUCAGCGGUAUAUUUGCCCAUGGGCAAUUCAAAUCAAGGAAACGUAAACUGGGGACCCAACGCGACAUGGGCUUGUUCGACGAAGACGACGACGAAGAUACCCACGACAUCAGGCGGCCAGGUCGGAAGCUGGUCUUAGGAAGUACAGGGCGAAAUGCUGCUUCCCAAGUAUCUGCUCCAAGUGGCAACCGCCUUGGACGCAGUCGCGGGUUGGGCGGACUAGGUGAAUUUUCUCCCUUGAAGCGAGACAAGAAACGGCUUUAG